ACGAUUGACUGAGCCGACGUCGUGUCUUUUAUCUUUGUUCUCCGUUGCUCGUGUUUUCAAAGCUCGCGCUGAGGUUUGAAUUAGCUUGUGAGCUAGCGCUAGCAUGUCGCAGUGAGGGUUCUUCGAUUGUAUAAAUAACCGUUUUAAACUUGCACCGUUUGAGAGGUUAGCGACGAAAUUGGAUUUGUUACGUUGUGAAUGUUGUAAUUAAUUAAGACAGGUCUUGUGCUGCUUGUUUUAAAUAGGACAGACCUCGUAGCUUCUAAAUAUCAAUGCUCUGCAAUUAAUAGUGUGUCCAAAGAAGGCACUGCGGCCAUUUGUAGAUUAACUUUUUUGUUUUGGUGCAGGUACAGCGGAUAACUGCAAAUAAUUUCAGUCGAGUACAAAGUGGCUUCAAUAGCAGUAUUGGACAGAUACCGAAGGAAGGCAGAAAAAUAGUUUAAACCACAGGAAGAAUGCAAAUUUAAAAAGGGAAUAUGAAGGAAGGAAGGAAAGAAGAAAAAAGCAGGUCUAAGGUGGAAGGAAGGGAGGACCAUGACUGUAAAGAACCAGAGCAGCUCAGGAAGCUCUUUAUUGGUGGCCUGAGCUUCGAAACCACAGAGGAGAGUUUACGGGCUCAUUUCGAGCAAUGGGGAUCACUGACAGACUGUGUGGUGAUGAGGGACCCGGGCACCAAGCGGUCAAGAGGUUUUGGCUUUGUGACCUACUCUUCCAUGGUGGAGGUUGACGACGCCAUGAAAGCAAGGCCUCAUAAAGUAGACGGCCGAGUUGUUGAGCCCAAGAGGGCCGUGUCCCGAGAGGACUCCAAUAAACCAGGGGCUCACCUGACAGUGAAGAAGAUCUUUGUUGGUGGAAUUAAGGAGGAUACUGAAGAGUACCACAUCCGAGACUAUUUCAAGAAAUACGGAAAGAUUGAAAGCAUCGACAUCAUGGAGGAACGGUCCACUGGCAAGAAAAGAGGCUUCUGCUUCGUCACCUUCGACGAUCAUGACACCGUUGACAAAAUUGUCGCUCAAAAAUACCACACAAUCAACUCACACAAUUGCGAAGUCAGAAAAGCACUCUCGAAGCAAGAAAUGAACGUGAUGUCUAACAGCAGGGGAAGGAGUGGAGGCUCUAGUAACUUCAUGAGUAGAAGUAAUAAUUUUGGAAGUGGUGGUGGCGGCAGCUACAGUCGUGAUAACUACGGGGGAGGACGAGGUGGUUAUGAUGAUUAUGAUGGUCCUGGUGGAAAUUACGGUGGUGGAGGAGGAGGCGGUUAUGGAGGACGUAGCUAUGGAGGCUAUGGUAAUCAAGGUGGUGGAUUUGGUGGCAGCUGUGAUGGUUACCGAGGUAAUGGUGGAGGUUACGGCGGGGGUGGAAACUACAAUGAUUGUGGCAACUAUGGUAGCCAUCAGUCCAACUAUGGGCCCAUGAAGGGAAACAGUUUUGGUGGCAGAAACUCAGGUGGACCAUAUGGAGGUGGCUACAGCUCCAGCGGCGGCAGUAGCGGUUAUGGCUCACGGCGCUAUUAAACAUUACAUUGAUGUGGAAAGAGGCGGAAAAUCUGUAAAGACGCGGUAACACGGAAGGGUCUGGAUGGGUAAGACUUUUUUCCAAAUAUUAUCCAAGCUGCUUUUUUCUUUGACAGGUAAAUAUUGGCAGACGCUCUCCGUUGUGUUCAAUGGUCACCUUCAUAAUGAAUUAAUGGUUCACAAUCACCAGUACUUUUCUUUUUUGUGUUGCUUUGAGUCUGUGUGGAUAAAGUGACACGACACGCCCCCAUUGUUGGUGCCAGCAGUUAGCCUGCCUGACAACUGCCCUUUCUUGGGUAAGGCAACAUUGUACAAACAGAAUAAAACAGAACAUGUUUAUGAAGAGUGGCUGCUAUAGGAGGCAAUACACGUAGCCAUUACUCUUUGACAAACACAAGGUAACAUCAAUACAUUACUUUAAUGCAGUUGGGACAUUGUUUGGAACCAGCAUGUGUACAAUUGGUGGAAAAAUACUACAGACUCACUGUCAAGGCACCAAAUUAGCAUGGCUAACAUCAAUUCUUUCUGCUGAUAUAAAACAGAAAAGAGCAGGGAAGUACUCAUGAGAAAUGAAUACUUCUGUUGUAUUCCGUUUUCAUUUUAACGAGGAAUUUCUUCCUCAAAGCCCAUGUAAAUAGAGGCAGACCAUUUUGACAUAAAAGAAAAUUUGACUUUAGUAGCUUAACCUUGUAACUAAAAGAUGACUACGCAAGUAGUUUCUCUUCAGAAGAACAAAAAGCUGUGGUUGUAGGGUGAGGCUUCAAGGGAAUGUUGCAGUAAUGGAAACUUCAAAGCUAAUUGCUUGUCGUCAGUACACAAGCAGUUAUUUGAUGGCCCCAUCCUAUUCAGUCUUGCGUAGCCAGGCUGUUUUUUAAUUUUUUUAUUCAUAGUAUCAGAGACCCACCCGGCCCAAGUUAGUGUGCCUUUAAUUUUUAAAUUACUGGGUCUUUUAAAUAAAUGGCUGUAAUCCAUCAAUGGUCUGUUGUAUAAAAUGUGUAUGAAUAUAUUACACGGGGUAGAAAGUUAAGACUCCCGUGACCCUUGUGAGGAUAAGCAGCUCAGAAAAUGGAUGGAUGGUUGGUUAAGAUCACUAUGCAACAUGUCUGCUUUUAAGGUAUAACAGACAUAUGUAUGAUUUGGACUGCAAUAAAGGUAUUUGAAUUUAUGUAUUUUUUUUGUGUGUAAAGUUGUUGGGGAAUUUCCUAAAGUAAAUUUGUCGUUUUUUAUUUUUUUAUUUUUUUUUACUUUA